GGCGACACUUCCACUACACAUUAUACCAAGGAAGAUGAGGAGAAGAUGACCGUCAUUCUGAGGGAAAGGAAAGAGAAGAAAGAGGCCAAGAAAAAGGCCCUACAGGAGGAGCAGGCGGCAAAGUUGAAAAAGAUAGAGGAGGAGAUGGCCAUAAAGAAGGAGAGGUUGAAGAAAGAAGAAGAAGCGAAGUUGAAGGAGGUGGAAGAAGAAGAGGAGGAAGAUGAUCAGCCACUGGAAAGGGAGAAGGGAGCAACGAGGGCAGUACAGUGGCAGCAAGAGUGAGGAGAUGGAGAAGAGGAUCUCAGAAUGGGUCGCCAACUUAUCCUUGGGGGAAGAAGAAGAGGUAGCCAUGUACAUCCCCAAGGAUGUUCUGAAGCCGCUAUGAAGGAGUGGGAAGCAGAAGAAGAUGUUCUGAAGUGGCAGGCGAUGGAGGAUGAAAAGAGAAUGGAGUGGAAACUUAGAAUGAUGAGGGAGAAGAAGAAGAGGGUGGACGCGGCGAGUGAAGCGGUCAAAGAUCUAGAGGAGGUGCAAAAACUGACUCUACGAUUGACCCCUCAAGUAGACCUCCAACAAAAGGUAGAGGUCAUUGCCCAGAGUGUUGAGCGUUUGGCCCGAGUACAGGAACAACAAUAUGAGUUCAGUCGAAGUCAGGAUAUGGUCGUGCGCUCAAUGCGAAUGGGGUUUCGGGAGUUUGCCCGCGAACUGGUAGGCGCAGUAGGAGCCGAGGCGAAUCAUCGCCUCGAGAAGACUGAACGCUUCUGCGUCGGCGCCAUUGAAGGCGUCAAGAAGGAAGAGGCACGUCCUCGCCGGGAGCUAGUCAAAGUCAAGUUCCCUGAUUCCUAUUGUGGAAAAAGGGAAGAGAACUUUGACAAUUGGGAGACCAAUGUCAAGACCUAUGUGCAUCUGCAACAGGUCUCCCCAGAUAAGCACGUGUUGAUUGCGAUUCAUGUGCUUAGAGAUGAAGCCGCCAGUUUCGCGAGGUCCCUAGUCCGCGCCUCCAACUGCAAUGAAGAUGCAGUUGCGUACUCCACAUUCACCCCCCUCGCUGAGUUUAUGAAAUUGUUGCGCGAGCGAUUUGCUGAUGUCGCUCGUAGUGUCAAAGCCUCAGAUAAACUCCAAACAAUCCAUUCUCGUAAAUGGAAGAGCGCCAGGGCCCUCAAAAGCACAAUGGACGAAUUAGUGGUUGUACCUGACCAUGGGGUCACAGACACCCAGUUGGUCGGCCUCUUCUAUCGGGCUAUGCCCGAAGCCUUUCGAGGACAUUUCUUCACGAAGAGCGAAGACCCUGCCACCACGUAUGAUUCUCUUAGCCGUGAAGUGGUGGCCUUUGAGGCGAAGUCGGUGUCAGUUUCUACAUUCUGGCAUAGAGACUUAGACAAAGGAAAGCAAUGGAAAGGUCGCACUAUCUCAGGGCAAGUUAAGACUAAGGAUAGUCUUGUCCUGACUUUAGACGAAGGUAGCGUCGACGAGAUCCCCUACGAACAGAUUGAAUGGGGGUUAGAAGAUGAGGACAGCGGUGCGAGCCAGAGGAGAACUUACGCUGCUGUCGGGGCUGAAGGGAGGCCGCAAGGAGGAGGACGAGGCCAGGGCCAAGGGGGUCAGGCCUCAGGGAGCCAGUUUCAGGGCGAUCAGGGGGUUGGCGACAGAGGAGGAAACCGCCAAGCGGGAGGAAGGGGUCAAGGUCCCCCGCAAAACCGUCCUAGGAAUAGGUCUCCCUAUAGGGCGUAUUUCCGCCUAGAGAAGGAUGGGAAAGUGGAGAGGGUCCUCCACUCCCUGACUCUCCUCGUAGAAGACAGCCUCCCAUUUGAUAUCGUUAUGGGAAUGGAUUGGGGAGAGGCAGUCGGGGCCACACUCCAUUUAAAGGAGCACGAGUGUAGGCUCCCUAGUCCUUCAGGCGAGGCUAAGACUGCCCGCCUGUUCCAUGUGUCAGGAGUAGAGAAUCCCCUGGCACAUUGUUGCCUUAGUGCUCCUGCGUUCGCAAGAUUAGUGAAAAAGGAGCAACUGGAGGAACAGGUCUUUGUUGCCUAUGUUAGGCCAGUUACUGAGCCUACGGAAGAGAAGCCUAUAGACCCUGCGAUUGCCAAGCUGCUGGAGGAGUUCAAAGAUCUAAUCGAGCCGCCGAUAGGAGUAGUGUCGCGGCUUAUCCAGCAUCGUAUCGAAAUUGAGCCUGGCAGUAGAACUCCCAAAGGAGUUGUGUAUCAAAUGUCCCCGCGGGAGUUAGAGGAGCUUCGCAAACAGUUGGACGAGCUCCUUGAGAAGGGUUGGAUUAGGCCCAGUUCGUCUCCUUUUGGAGCACCUGUCCUCUUUGUCCCCAAGAAGGAGGGAGAGUUGAGGAUGUGUAUAGACUACAGGGGUCUGAAUGCUAUUACAGUAAAGAAUGCUGAGCCACUGCCUAGGAUAGACGAUCUCUUAGAUCGAGUGCAGGGGGCAAAGUACUUCUCCAAAAUAGAUUUGAAGUCCGGAUAUCAUCAGAUAGAGGUGCAUCCUGAUGAUCAGUACAAGACAGCUUUCCGGACUAGAUAUGGGCACUACGAGUUCAUAGUGAUGCCCUUUGGACUAACCAAUGCGCCAGCUACGUUCCAGCGUUGUAUGAACGAUUUGUUUAGGCCAUGGUUAGAUAGAUUUGUUGUUGUCUACUUAGAUGAUAUCUUAGUGUUUAGCAAGACCCUCCAAGAACAUCAGGGUCAUCUCAGGCAAGUCUUGGAGAAGCUGAGAGAAGCUAACUUCAAGAUCGACGCAAAGAAGUGCGAUUGGGCGAAGACCCAAGUUUUAUAUUUAGGCCACAUCUUAGACGGAGACGGCGUUACUGAGGAAGAAACCAUCUGGAAGUGGGAUAAGGACUGCACGUCUGCCAUGAAGAAGUUGAAGCAGGCACUGAUAGAAUACCCAGUCCUUAAGGUAGCCGAUCCGUCCUUACCCUUUGUCGUUACUGCGAACGCUAGUCAGUACGGCAUAGGUGUUGUGUUGCAGCAAGACGAUGGCAAUGGUUAUAGGGCCAUAGAGUUCAUGUCUGCCAGGGUGCCUUCAGAGAAGGUUGCGACAUCUACCCACGAGAGGGAACUCUACGCUCUCAGGCAAGCAUUAGAACAUUGGAAGCACUACUUGCUUGGGAGGCACUUCAAAGUCUAUUCCGACCACGAAACGUUAAGAUGGUUGAAGACGCAGGCGAAGAUGACACCUAAGCUUACUAGAUGGGCCGCAGAAAUAGACCAGUAUGAUUUUGAGCUCAAGCCAGUCAAAGGGAAGUAUAAUGUAGUUGCGGACACUCUGAGUAGGAGAGCUGACUACUUUGGGGCGAUAGUUCAUUAUCUGGACAUCGGGAAAGACCUUCAGCAAAAGGUCAGAGAAGCGUACGCGCAGGACCCCAUCUACAGUGACCUUCUUAAGAAGGUAAAGGAGGCCCCAGAGACCGAGCCAGAUUACCGCACUACUGAGGGAUUACCCUUUGAGAAGACUAAUGUAUUUGACCGAUUGUGCAUUCCCAAUAGUGAAGAGAUCCGCAGUCUGAUCCUAGGAGAAUGUCACGACACAGAGGGUCAUUUCGGUUGGCAAAAGACUCUAGCCAAUCAAAUGCACGCGUACACCUGGCCGGGUAUGAAGAAUGACUGCAUAGAAUAUGUUCACAGUUGUAAAGUCUGCCAAUGGAAUAAGACUACUACGCAUGCCCCGCUAGGUCUUCUCAAACCCUUACCUAUCCCUGAUCAGCCCGGAGAUUCAGUGUCCAUCGACUUCAUGGACGUGAGCGUCAAGAGUAGAUAUGGCAAGAGCCAGGUCAUGGUGAUAGUCGACAGAUUCAGUAAGUAUGCUGUUUUUGUUCCCUUGCCUUCAGAGGCACGAACAGAGUUAGUCAUUCGCAAUUUUUUUGAUCAUUGGGUCAGCGAGCACGGGGUCCCAUUGUCCAUAGUUAGUGAUAGAGAAACCCGGUUCACGAGUCAGAACUGGCAGGAGUUAAUGAAAGUCUAUGGCUCUAAGUUGUUGAUGUCGUCUGGCCGUCAUCCAGAGACCAACGGUCAGACCGAGCAAAUGAAUAAGAUCUUGCAACAAGUUCUGAGAAUGUACAUUAGACCAGAUCAAAUUGACUGGGAUGAGAUGCUUCCCAAGGUAGCCAGUGCCUACAAUAACAGCAUGCAUCUGUCUACGUGCCGCACUCCCAACGAACUGCACAAGUCCUUUAGACCGCGUAGACCAUUUGAGGGACUUAACCGGGAUCAGAUUUCUAGGCUACCGACUGGUACUAGGGAGUUCGCUAUACAGCACAAGAAAGAGCUAGCUACAGUUGUAGAAAACCUCAGGAAGGCCCAGCACAAGAUGAUAGAGCAAGCCAAUAAACAUCGUCGCCCCUCGCAGUUCCAAGUAGGCGACUUAGUCUGGGUCAGCGUGAAAGAGUUUGCUCCUGAGGAGAACAUCUCGCAGAAGUUACUGCCUACGUACAGAGGGUCAUGGCCAGUUCUAGAAGUCAAGGGUGGAGAGGAUGGUCCGUCCUACACCAUUGAGAUUCCACUACACCUCCACACCUACCCAGUUUUCCAUGCGUCAAAGUUGUUACCAUGCACAGUAAGUGAUCAGUUCCUGUCUAGACGAUCCAUGAUCCCACCAGAUAUGGAUGGAAGGUACGACAUUGACGGCAUCGUAGGUGAAGAUGUGUUUAGAACAGGAGGUAGAGGUCGUCCUCAGAAACAAUACAAAGUGCGAUUCGCAUAUCAAGAACCAGAAGACGACCGAUGGUACACCCGAACUGAACUUCUAGAGACAGCUCCCGAUAUAGUCAAGGCCUAUGAAAGGGAUAGGAAAGGUAAAGGUCCUGCCUUGGAUUGAAAUGUUCUCGGAGGAACUCGAAUUUAGGCCGGCGGGAGUGGAACGGUAUUCACCAGUUCGCAUUAGCCGAUG